AUGUCGACAAAAUCUCGAAAUGGUGACGAUAAUUGGAACGACGCUUGGGAAUCGACGGUUGAAUCAACGGUGGCGAUCGAAGAAAUCGAUGUGGAGGUAAAGGCGUUCGUUGAGGAUAUGAACGAGCAUCGGAACGAGAGGAGAGGGAAGAGUGGGAAAGAGGAGAAGAAAGAGAAGAAAGAAGAUCAGAUUAAAGAAGAUGAAUCGUCACCUUAUAGUUUGGAGAUGAUGAAGAAGGAUUAUAGAUUGAAGAAGCAAAGGGCUCUGAAAAAUGCAGGGUCUUUUAAAAACAAUGCAAGUUUUUGUUUUCAAAAGUACACUAGAGUUAGUACUGGAAACGAAAAGUACAUCCUCUCCUAA